AUGACAGCACAAGAGGAGUUGAGAAUGGCAUCAACACAACCAUCAAUCGAAAUCAAUCGGCUGGAGGAGGUUGAGAAGCUAGGUGCAAACGAGUAUAUUAUAGCAGCCGGACCAGGAGGGAAGCAGUUCUAUGCAACAUCAGGAGGCUACUCAACCGUCGCUAUGCCAGUGGACAUGCUGGCGGAGGUAGCCGCUGGACUGGUCAAGAAGUUUGUCUGGGUUUCGUUCGGGAGCAGAGAGGAUUCAUGGUUCUUUGCAUUCGAGACCAGAGAUGGAGAGUACAACAUACGCAUCGGUUCUGCGACACCAUCUGCAGUGCAGCAAUACAUCGCACAGCUGAGCAUGUCAAAGCUACUUCGCGAUUCUCUCCGCGUCCAACUUGGAGACAACGAUUCAUUCUUGGCUUGGUCGCGAAGUAGCUGGGCUGCAUCUGGAGUUCCCCGGGCUCUGAUUGAUAAGCUGCGUACGAUGAGCGUUUCUACUCGAGACUGGGGCGGUGUCCUAAAAGGAAAUUUGAAGAGAGAAUGUUGGCCGCUACAUAACAUUCAGUGGUCGCGAACCGGUUCCUUCUACUUCCAGUACCAAGACAGACACUUGGGAAGGUGGAAAGCAAAAGCCAUGCGUGAUGCUUGGGCUAGCCUUUGGAAAGACGAAUGUACAAAGGACAUGAGAACGAAGAUUCAGAAGGAGCUUGCUUAUGUUUCCAUCGAUCCGCACGCCCAGGAUGGCGAGGCAUUCGUCUUUUUCAAAGAGCGACAGUCUGAUGAACUUGCAUUAUUCGUCGCGGGCUUCAGUGGCGGAGAGACUUAUAGCAAUCUUGGGCCCAAAGAUGAGGAACAGAUACCAGAAAACAGUGUGCAGCGCAUAGCCAAGGACGCAGAAGAGCCUACCAACUUGCAGUUGGCCGUAUGCAGGAAAACAGGCCGGCCUCAUCGAGGGGAGUCCUGGGAGCUGGCGGUCAAGAGAGGCGAGGUGGUCAAGGUGCUUCGAGACAUGGGCCGCAAUUGGUUCGUUGUUCAAAACAUGAAGGAUAUCAAGGGAUGGGUACAUGGUACAUGGUUGGACUUUGGCCAGAACGAGGUGCAGAUGGAUUCCAAGAGCGCGUACGCACAGUUUCAAGAAGACCUGAAAAAGCUGGUCCUUCCCGGUCAGCUGCGCUCCUUCCCUGACAUGCGCGCCUACAUGGACGCCUGUGCCAUGGUCGACUGUCAAUUCCUGAAAGAAGAUCCAGAGGCCUUGGGGAUCUGUGUGCACGAAUUGAUGGCCUUGCUGCGUGGAUCAGGACUUUAUUCGAAAGAGUGGCUAAAAGAGGGCCGCAACCUCUUCCACCCUGACAGGUUCGCUCGGUUCUGCCAUGUAGAGCAUGUCGAGGCCCUCAAGCCCCAGGCCGAGCAGCUCUUUGUGCUCUACAGUAUCCUCAUGGAGAUGGCUUAG